AAAACUUGAAAUUCAGGUUCUUUUUCCACAGAGUUUGGUUGAUGAUGAUUACGGGUGAUAGUGGUGAUGGUAAAGGUGGUUGUGGUGGUGUGUACUACUGAACACUUGGUCUGUUUUCGCAGUGAAGCCCUAUGAGCUGCGCUUCAUCGUGGAUUACUGGUGGUUUUUUAUGGAAAAGGUGGCAGCCCUGCGAUGACGUCAUCGGCGGAAGUGGAGCACACGGAUUCACACGGACUUUUAACGAGUUCAACAAACUGCAAGCUGCUUCCCCUCCUCCUCCUCGCCUCACCUCGAGUUUAAAAUCUGCGUCGAUCUUUUGGACGUCGUUUUUUUUUUUUGUUGAUGUUCCUGGAAAAAAAAAAAAUUGCAUAUAUUUCUACGGACAUUUCUGUAACCUUAUGGAGUGAGAGCUGACCGUGCGUGCUGGCGCGCGCGGUUCCCCAACUACAAUCCGGUGUGUUUUUUGCGGUGCGGAUCUGCUCGGCGCGCGACCAACUUUUGUGUUUGAUAAGUUCGCGAACUCGUUCUUGAGUAUCAUUUAGUUUGCUUUGAACCAUAACUAUUUUUUUGCAAAAAACAAAACAAAGGAAAGGAAAGUAACUUUUGAGCAAAGCGUGAUCAGAUUUCCUGAAGUUUGUAUGUCCUGUGUUUGGCUGCAGCUGUCUCCUCACCGCGCAGGAGUCUAGCUAUUUAAAAAAAACCAACAACGAAGAGGCAAAGAGAAAAACGACAUGGAAUACAGCCAGCAGUGGCAGCCAGCCUACAGAAAUUUCUGCUCGAGUUGAAGUUUCUGUAUAAUAGAUUGUAAUAGACUGGGAGCUUCGAGCGACUCAAUGGCACCGAGUCGUAAAACGAGCCAAUUGGAAAACAAAGGAAGGAUCCCGGAGCGCGUCUCAGGACUGAUUCAUGUGCAGCACACAAAGCCAUGGCGCAUCCCAGUCUAAAUGUGGACACCAAGAUUCCAGCAUGACCUAAAACGUUGUGCGUAAUUCCCUAAAUUAAUUGCAUUUAAUGUGCGUUUGUCGAAAAAACACAAGAAUAAUCAUUUAUGUAUCUGUAGACAAACAAACAAACUGUGCCGCUUUCCGAGGCUUCAUUAACUCCACUCCUGUGCAACAUAAGAACAAGCUGGAAAUGUCUCCUAGCAGCUGCUGUACGCUUUUAUUAGCGUUUGUACUGCUCGGGACUGCAAACUGGGCAGCUUCGCAAGAAUGUAAAUACUAUGAAGAACGACAGAAAACCACCGGUCGUUCAGGGACAGCAGAGAAGAAGGUUGUGUGUAGCAACAUGGAGCUCCAGCAGGUUGUGCCUGUCACUUCUUUCCCCAACAGUACAGUCACACUGCUCUUAAGCACCAAUAAAAUCCAAGAACUCCUAAAUGGUUCCUUCGUCGGCCUGGCUAUGCUUGAGAGACUGGACAUAAAGAAUAACAUCAUCUCCCGCAUUGAACCAGGAGCCUUUCUCGGACUUACUUCUCUAAAAAGACUAGAUUUGUCUAAUAAUCGUAUUGGUUGCCUCAAUGUGGAUAUAUUCAAAGGACUUACGAAUCUGGCUAAACUCAACCUUUCAGGGAACAUGUUUUCAUCUCUUGCUCAAGGGAUCUUCGACAGCCUUGUCUCUUUAAAAAACCUGGAUUUCCAGAGCCCUUUUCUGCUGUGUGACUGUAACCUGCAAUGGCUGGUGCGCUGGAUUAAAGAGAAGGGUAUAGUGGUGAAGGACACACGAUGCUCCUACCCGCGCUCACUACAGGGCCAAUUGAUAACCUCACUCAAACCUGAAAUGCUCACCUGUGAUGCACCUCUGGAGCUCCCCUCAUUCCAAAUGACUCCUUCCCAGCAUCAGAUAGUUUUUCAGGGGGACAGCCUACCCUUCCAGUGCUUGGCCUCCUUUGUGGACGAAGACAUGCAGGUGCUCUGGUAUCAGGAUGGCAAGAUGGUGGAGUCUGAUGCUACGCAGGGAAUCUCCAUAGAGAAGAGCAUGGUGCAGAACUGCUCCCUUAUUGCUAGUGCUCUGACCAUCUCAAACAUUCAGCCAGGCUUUACAGGAGACUGGGAAUGUCGAGUGCGUACUAGCCGAGGCAACAACACCCGCACGGUGCACAUUGUUGUUUUGGAGAGCGCUGCCAAAUACUGUGCUCCUGAACGGGUGUCCAACAAUAAAGGAGACUACAGAUGGCCUCGUACACUGGCAGGCAUCAUGGCGUACCUGCCCUGUUCACGACAGGUAACCGGCACAGGCAUCUAUUCGGGCAGCUCAGCUGAAGACCGGCGUGCCAGGAGACGAUGUGACCGCAGUGGGCACUGGGCUGAGGACGACUACUCCCGCUGCGAGUACAUAAAAGACACCACUCGUGUGCUUCACAUCAUCAACCAGAUGGCUCUGAACCUGACAAAUGCAGUGCAUACAGCACAGCAGCUUCUAGCUUACACAGUAGAAGCUCCUAAUUUCUCAGACAAGGUGGAUGUGAUCUACGUGGCUGAGAUGAUCGAGAAGAUAGGGAAGUUUGCAGAGAAAUACAAAGAGUUAGGGGAUGUGAUGGUGGAUAUUUCCAGUAAUCUGAUGCUGACUGAUGAGCGAGUGCUGUGGAUGGCACAGAAGGAGGCUCGGGCUUGCUCACGCAUCAUUGAGAGUCUACAAAGGAUCGCAGUUCUCCGUCUGGCUGGCGGCGCUUAUUAUACUAACUCCCACAAUAUUGCCAUGGAGUCGCAUGUGAUCAAGGCCAGCAGCUUUAACGGCAUGACCUGCACACUGUUCCAGAAGAUGGCGCCAGAGCGCACUCUGAUUCCUCACCUGGGGCACUUAAACCCUGACAUGAACCUGGACCGGCAGCUCAGUUUCAAAUGCAACGUCACUAGCAAUCUCUCUGCCCUGGCCCUAAAGAACACUAUAGUGGAGGCGUCUGUGCAGCUGCCUCCGUCUCUCUUCCCUCUGCGCAACUCAAGUCAACCUGACGAUGGCAUUUAUAAGUUGCAGCUGCUGGCUUUCCGCAACGGCAAGCUUUUCCCCCCUACAGGCAACUCAACCAAGAGAAGGAGUGUCGUCACUCCGGUCAUCCUCACCAAGAUCGAGGGUGUCCCCCUGCAGCCCCUGCGCAGUCGUGUAAACGUCACCCUGCGGCGCUUUGUGCAGGGUUUGGACCCUGUGGCCGCACACUGGGAUUUCGCUGCUCAGGAGGGUCAGGGUGGCUGGCAGUCAGAUGGCUGCACCAUCCUCCAACAUGACUCCAACUUCACCACACUUUCGUGUGACUCGCUCAGUAACUACGCUGUUCUGAUGGAUCUGACCAGGACAGAGCCCACCAUGCACAGCUUUAAACUUCUUUACCCAGUCACUUACAUCACAGCAAUCAUGCUUAGUCUCUGCCUGCUGGCCAUCAUCAUCAGCUACAUUUAUCAUCAAAAGUCUGUGUGUAUUAGCAAGAAGUGCUGGCACAUGCUGGUGAACCUGUGCUUGCAUAUCCUCCUUACCUGUGCUGCAUUUGCUGGGGGAAUCAACCAGACUUCCUAUGCCACUGUGUGUCAAGGGGUAGGGAUAGUGCUACAUUACUCCACCCUGGCUACUGCCUUGUGGUCGGGCGUCACGGCUCGGAACAUCUACAAGCAGGUCACACGCAAGACUAAGCAAUAUGAAGAGCUGGAUGAGCCUCCUCCCCCACCCAGACCCAUGCUCAGGUUCUACUUGAUAGGUGGAGGCAUUCCCGUAAUUGUUUGCGGCAUAACUGCAGCUGCUAACAUUAAAAACUAUGGAGGCCGACCCGGUGCACCUUAUUGCUGGAUGGCGUGGGAGCCGAGUUUGGGUGCAUUCUAUGGUCCACUGGCCUUCAUCAUCUUUGUGGACUGCAUGUACUUCCUGAGUAUUCUUCUUCAGCUACGGCGUCACCCAGAAAGACGAUUUGAGCUUAAAGAACAGUCGGAGGAGCAGCAAAGACUCUCUGUGACUGAGAUUGCUGCUGGUCCCUGUGCAGAAUCAUCUGGGCCAGUAUCUCUGUCAGCACUUGAGAAUGAGCACACGUUCUUAGCGCAGCUUUUUGGUGUGGCCGGAGCUUUGGCACUCUAUGCACUGCUUUGGCUGUUUGGUGCCUUGGCUGUUUCUCAAGAAUACCCUUUGGAUUUGGUUUUUUCCUGCCUCUUUGGUGUGGUUGCUUUGGCUCUUGGAGCCUUCCUUGUUGGCCAUCACUGUGUUACACGGCAAGACAUGCGUCGCCACUGGGCACAGGCUUGCUGCCUUGGACACCGAAGGUAUGCCAUGCAGGUUGACGCCCUCCUGGCACCAAUGACUGGGGCCUCUGGGGACGGGUCAACUAAUACAGGAAACGGUGAGGUAGCACGAUGCCAUACAAGCGCAACCGAGUCAUCUUGUACUAACAAGAGUACUCAAAGUGUGCGCAACUCCACCCAAGGCUGCAAGCUGACCAAUCUGCAAGUAGAAGCAGCUCAGUGCAAAACAAUUCCUGCACCACCGAACGGCACGGCUUUAUUAGACAACAGCUUAACCGAACACUCUUUGGAUAAUGAGAUCAAGAUGCAUGUUGCUCCAGUGGAGGUUCAGUAUCGUCCCAAUAUUGGCAGCAAUGGCCACCCUGGAUUGGGAAGUGCCAAUGGCAACAUCAACGGACACCCCGGGAGGCACCACAAGAACCGAGCACGGGCACACCGUGCAAGUCGACUCACUGUUUUGCGGGAAUAUGCCUACGAUGUGCCCACCAGUGUAGAAGGCAGCGAGCAUAGCGCUCCCCAGCGACGCCACCAUCAAGAAAGUCUGCACGCCCGUAACAGCCGCCGUGCUGCAUAUCUGGCAUACCGUGAGCGCCAGCAGAGCCAGCUCCAACAGGACAGCAGCGACGCUAGUGCUAGCUUGCCCCGUCGCACUCGCCAGUUCGACAGGGGUGCCAACAAAGGCACAAGCACCAGUGUUGUCAACGGCCUCGGAAAAAGCCGUUUCCGGAACAGUCUGGGAAGUGUCCUUGGUAGUGGGACGAUUAUCAGCCAAAGCAAUGGGGUUAGUAAAGGAUGUGAAGAAGGGAAGGAACCUGAAAAUGAAAUGUCGAGCUCAAUCAAAGACUGCCCAAAGCAGCCCCUUCCUGUAGAACUCGAAGUUCAGCCAAAGUCAUAUGGACUGAACCUGGCGUCAGAGAAUGGACUUGCUAAAAGUUCAGAGAGGCAACAGAACCUGUCACCUCUCAAUACAGACAGCACAGCUGCCAUUAAGACUGGUUUGUGGAAACAUGAAACUACAGUGUAGCAACAUUUCCAUCCUCAGAGACUGCUAUUUACACUUUUUCUGUCAAACUGUGAACUUAAAAAAACAAAAAACAAAAAAAUACUUUGCAUUUUUAAUAGUAAAUUUUAAGUGUUUUAAGAAAACAGAUUUUAUAAAUGAGUUGGUUUGAAGAAGUCACCUCUUAGUAUACCACUUGCUAAUUGUUGUAGACGAUCUAUAAAUGAUCUAUUUUUAUAUCGUUUAUUUCUUUUUCACAUGUGCACACGAUUUUGUAUGAUAAGGUGCACAACAGUUGGGCAAAGCUAGAGUUGGUCUUCUGUUUGAACCUUUUCUGGCGUAAUGAAGCAGUUGCAAAAUGCAUUUGUGAAAUAAAAAAAGAAUUGUUUAAAAAA